AUGGACAUGCAAGCACUGAAAAGCCGUAGAAACGCCUUUAUGGCGCAAGUGAGUGGGGAGCUGUCAGUCGCGGAGAGCCUCAAAACGCGGAAACCGUCCCAAAGUGAGGUUAAGGACCGCCUGACCCAGCUCAACAAGCUUGCCGAGAGGUUUCGCGAGACGCAAACUGGAAUCGAGGAGCUGCAAGAGGACGCAGCGGCCAUUGCCUCUGUGUACAACGUCCGGGAAGAGUUCUUCCACAAAUACUACAAGGCGAAGGACGCCUACGAGGAAUUCCUGGAUGUGGAUUCCGACGGCGAGUCAACGGCCAGUCAGCGGACCGUGGCCGAAACGUCCGACUGGAAGCAAGCGAUGCACCUGCUCAUGGAAACGCAGCGACAGCUGCUGCUGAAUCAAUCGGCGCAACGAGCAGGACAGGCAUCGAAUUGUUCACCAAACGGCGGUCAGGUGCAGAGUGGGUUACCCCAACUGAACGUUCAACUACCAGCCAUCAGUGUGCCCAAAUUCACCGGAGAUCGCAAGAAGUGGACGACGUUCAAGGACCUUUACGUGUCAACCAUUCACAACCGCGAUGACCUGACGGACACUCUAAAGAUGCAGUAUCUCUACUCGUAUCUGGACGUCGAGCCCAAGCGUCAAGUUGCAAGGUUCUCUAUCUCGGAGGCAAACUACAAGCUGGCGUGGGAGGCUUUGACCGAUUACUAUGACAAGAAAAGAUUCACUGUCUUCUCGCUGGUACGUGAAUUCAUGGAUCAACCCUCAAUCGCAAGUGCCACCCCUGAAUCGUUGAACAAGCUUGUGACGAGCUCGGACGAGAUCGUGCAGCAGCUGGAUACCCUCGGGGAGGAAUUCCAGACCCGCGAUCCGUGGUUGAUUCACCUGGUGCUCGAGAAGCUGGACAAGGAUACUCGAGCUGGCUGGUCGCAGAAGGUCAUCGAAAAGGAGAACCCGAAGUUCGACGAGUUGCUGUCUUUCCUGAAGAAGCGAUGUGAGGUGCUGGAAACCUGUUCAGCAUUCUCGAAGAAAGUGGUGCUCGACGGAAAGAAGGAAGCGACGAAACAAGUAAUCAGUGACAAGAAGCUGAAAGCGUUGCACACAACUGCAACCAAUCAGAAGUGCGCGAAAUGUUCGAAAGAGCAUAACAUGUAUCAGUGCGAAGAGUUCAGGAGGCUGAGCGUGCAAGAACGGCGUGAACUAGUGCAGAAGGUUCGCUUGUGCUUUAACUGUUUGCGACCUGCGCACUGCGCCAAAUCGUGCACCUCGAAGUCGUCGUGUCACACCCCUGAGUGCAAACAACGACAUCACACGCUGCUGUGCACAAGUGCGGCCAAUUCUGAACGAGCAAGUGAGGAAAGUGGAAGCAGUGCUUCAGUGAAAGUGGUUCCUGAGAAGAAAGAAGAAGUGAUCGCUUCGCUGAUGGUGGAGUUACCGGAGAAGAAGCGGCAGGUUCUACCCCUGUUGCCGACAGCAGUAGUGAAAGUGCGAAAAGUGAGUGGCGGAUACGUCCGCGCGAGAGUGCUGAUCGAUUCCGGAUCGCAAGCAUCUCUUGUGACGGAGGAGUGUGUCCGGAAGCUGGAGCUGCCGAGAAGGAACGGGAAACUGGCGGUGAGCGGCCUUGGACAGCAGGAAGUCGGAACAACCCGCGGCGUGGUCACGCUGCAAAUUGCUUCCCGGUUCGACGAGGUCGUGGUUAUCGCCACGGACGCCUACAUUCUUGGAAAGCUGACUUCGACCAUUCCGUCGCAGCGCUUCGACGUGGCCAACAUGAAACUGUUGCAGAACAUUCCGGAGCUGGCCGACCCGGACUACAACCGACCGGGUCCGAUCGACAUCAUUCUUGGAUCAGAUGUCUUUCUUGCGCUCUUGGAGGGAGGGCAGGUCAAAGACGAAAGCGGCCAAACGGUGGCCCAACGCACGGUCCUAGGGUGGAUCGUGGCGGGACGAUACGACGACCAAGCCGUCGUACACAGCAACCACACCAUCGUCAAUCUGCACGCAGAGAUGGACCUGAACCGCACCUUGCGGCAAUUCUGGGAGCAGGAGGAGAACUUCAAGCCACCACCGCUUACUCCUUCUGAACAGCAGGUCACUGAACACUUCAGUUCGACCCUGCAACGCGACGGAAAUGGACGCUUCAUUGUCAGAUUGCCUUUUGACGAUUCGAAGCCAGCGCUCGGCGACUCGCUUGCCGCGGCCACAAAACGCCUGAAGUCGAUGGAACGUCGAUUCCAGCAACACCCGGAGUUCAAGCAGGACUACACAGCGUUCCUGCGCGAGUAUUUGGAGCUCGGCCACAUGGAGGAGGUACCAGCCGAUCAAGUCGAGAAGGAUAGCAGCAAGUGCUAUUAUCUACCGCACCACGCGGUGAUCAAGGCGGACAGCAGCACGACCAAGUUGCGCGUUGUCUUCGACGCGUCCUGCGCCACUUCAACGGGAGUUUCGCUGAACGACCGAUUGCGUGCCGGACCGAACAACAACGCGGACCUGUUCUCGGUGGCUUUGCGGUUCCGCUCACACAAGGUGGUGUUCUGUGCAGACGUUGCGAAGAUGUACCGCCAGGUACUCGUGCACCCGGACGACCGAGACUACCAACGCAUCGUCUUCCGGGAGGAACCAGAUCAACCGAUCAAGCACUACCGUCUCUGCACAGUGACGUAUGGAACGAAGACCGCACCGUACCUGGCAAUCGAGUCAAUGCGGGCGGCGGCCAAGGCUUACGACGACGUCUACCCACAGGCGGUAGAACGAAUCAAACGGGAUUUCUACGUAGAUGAUUUCCUGUCCGGAGCCGACGACACGAACGAAGCGACGUGUCUGAAGCAGCAAGUGGUCGAGAUCCUCUCGUCGGCGGGGUUUGAACUCCGCAAGUGGACCUCGAACAACCAAGAACUCCUCCAAGAGCAGCGCACGGACGAGUCCGCUCCAGUCCUGAUGAAGUUCUCCGAGCAAGGAGAAGCAGUGAAGGCCCUUGGCAUCCAGUGGUUCCCGACGGAGGACGUGUACGGAUUCAAGGUCAACCUCCCCGACACUUCGUUCACCUUCACUAAACGCCAGAUGAUAUCGGAUUCAUCUAAACUGUUCGACCCGUUUGGCUGGUUGGCACCUGUGCUGGUGAAGAUCAAGAUCCUGUACCAGCAACUCUGGCUGUUCGACGUCAACUGGGACGACUCACUGCCGCCGGCGGUGAAGGCGGAGUGGCAGGAAGUGCGGAGUACUCUGCACUUACUCGAGAACAUGCGGAUCCCACGAUACCUCUCCCCCUUUCGUGGUCGAAUCCAAUUGCACGGAUUUUCGGACGCUUCCGAGCAGGCGUACGCAGCCGUCGUCUACGCCAGGUCGGUGAACGCCAACGGCAACAUCUCGGUGGUUCUAAUUGCAGCCAAAUCUCGAGUCGCACCAAUCAAGCAAGUGUCGCUGCCAAGACUGGAACUUUGCGGUGCGUGGCUGCUUGCACUGCUGAUGGAGCGCAUAACGGAAGCUUUGUCGCACCUCGCAAUCGAGCACUGGGCCUGGACGGAUUCGACCAUCGUGCUCAACUGGCUGUCCACUCACCCCCGGAAGUGGAAGACCUACGUGGCGAAUCGCACAGCUGCCAUCCUGGAUUACCUGCCACGCAGCUGCUGGAACCACGUCCUGGGCAAGGAAAACCCUGCUGAUCUCGCAACGCGCGGGCUCACACCGGCCGAGCUUCUCGGCAACCCACUGUGGCUCGGAUCUGCUCCGUGGAUGCAGGUGGAUCAAGCACUCUGGAAGCUGCGCCCUGUUCCAGUUGUUGACGACGAAGACCUGUUGGAAACCAGAGUAGUUAAAUCGCUGCACCUAGUGGCGAUCCCAAUCCGAGAAAACUACGAUGAGGAGCUGGGGCUGCUGGCGAAGCGGUCCAGUUUCACGCUGAUCAUCCGGACACUGGCCUGUGUCAAUCGUCUCGUCCGCAACUGCCGGACUACCAAGGCCAAUCGUCAGAAUGGGGAGCUGGCCCCAGCCGAGCUGAGCGCUGCGCGAGCGCAGCUCGUUCGAGCCGUUCAACACACGGCGUACGCACCCGAGUUGGAGCUGUUGCGGAAGGGUAAGUCGCUGCCAACCAAACACAUCCUUUCCCCGCUCCACCCCUUCCUCGACGAACAAGGCACCAUGCGCUUGGGGGGUCGACUGCAGAACUCGGACUUGCCGUACGACGUGAAGCACCCCAUGAUCCUGCCGCAGAACCAUGUGGCAACCGAAAUGCUGGUGCGUGAGUUACACCUGCGUAAUCUCCACGCCGGACCGGCGCUGCUAACUGCUACCAUCUAUCAACAAUACUGGAUCGUCGGAUGCCAGACGGUGGUACGCAAGGUGGUCCACGGAUGCACGCGGUGCGUCCGUCUCAAGGGAAAAACUGCCAAUCAGCUGAUGGGCAAUCUACCGCCGGCAAGGGUGCUGGCGACACGACCAUUUUCACACGUCGGCGUUGACUACGCCGGACCUGUCAAACUCAAGGCCGCCUGCGUUCGUGGAGUCAAGGUAACCAAGGGGUACAUCGCGGUGUUUGUGUGCCUCUCAACCAAGGCAGUACAUCUGGAGGUAGCAAGCGAUUUGUCCACGAACACCUUCAUCAGUGUCCUUAAGCGAUUCGUAUCCCGGCGCGGAUACCCCGUUGAAAUCUGGUCGGAUAACGGUACCAAUUUCGUUGGCGCUGAUCGAGUCCUGCAGGAGUUCGUCGAGCAGAUCCAGUUCAACGGCAAGGAAGCAGCGCGAUUCUUGUCCAACCUGGGCAUCAAAUGGACCUUCAACCCUCCCUCGGCACCGCACAUGGGCGGUAUUUGGGAGGCCGCGGUCAAAAGCACCAAGAAGCACCUGGUGGCCGAACUCGGAGACGAAGCCAUCACGUUCGAAGACCUGUCAACAAUUCUGUGCCAAGUCGAGGCUUGCCUUAACUCGCGGCCACUCUGCGCUCUCUCCAGCAACCCGGACAGUGUUGAGGCCUUGACUCCGGGGCACUUUCUGGUUGGGCAGCCGAUGAACCUUGUUCCCGAGCCCAACGUGCAACACCUGCCUGUCGGACGACUGGAUCACUGGCAAGCGCUCCAGAGACGCGCUGCUAAUAUCUGGAACAGAUGGAGAGAUGAGUAUUUGACGAGCCUGCAACCGCGCAACAAGUGGCGCACACCCCAACCCAACAUCGAGGUGGACCAGCUGGUCCUCGUGAAGAACGACAACGCUCCACCGACCCAGUGGGAGCUAGCACGAGUGAAGGAGGUCCAUCCGGACGCAACAGGAGCGGUACGCACGGUGACCCUACGGCGCGGUUCAACUGUGUACCAACGCCCGAUUCACAAGCUGUGCCUACUCCCGAGGAAUUGA